UCUCUCUCUCUCUCUCUCUCUCUCACGUAACAUUAUAAAAAAAAAAGGUGGUCACUCGUCACACCUUCUCAUUCUUCCAAGCUGAUAUUCAGCAUUGCCUCCAUUUAAUAAACUGCAGACCCCAGCAUAUGCUAUAGGCUCUAGAUUCAUUUCCUUGAUCCAGCCAAAAGACAAAGUAUUCUUUUGUUCUGUGAGGAAAAGCAAAAAAACAUUAAUGCUUUGCUUUGCAGAACUUGCUUGCAGAUUUAUAUUGAUGGUACGUACUUAGAAGGUGGGGACUAGUGGUAACUUUUGGGUCCCCAACCAUUUCUUUUUUUGUUACUUUUGAGUUUUGCAAAGGAUAUGGUCUGCCUUGUUCUGUAAAAAUCCCCAUAGAACAACUUAAUUUACUGUUCAUGGAUAGGGAUAUUAUUUGAUGAGGUUCUGUACUUUCCUCUUCGUCUCCUUCAUUCUGUUCCUUGGCUAUUUCCUGUUUUUUCAGAAAAUUCUCUGAAACUCCAAAACAAAAGUAACUCUAAAAGAAACAAGCAACUGAGCUUUCCCUACAGAGUGAAUUAACUUUACAUAAAGAAGCCUUAGUGCAGUGUUUCUGUCCUCCAAGUAGCUGGAAAAAACAACGAGUACUUCAGGAAAGAUUGAAGUUCUAUUAUGGUCGAAGCCAGAUUCUGUCAAUGUGUGAUUAUACUAUCCCAAGUAUAAUCCUGUCGCUUUGUUAUCCAUUCUUGGAGAUGGAAUCUUAACGGAAGUGCAGCAAGUGUAAUUUGUGAAGUAGAAACCAGAAAUUAAGAGAAGGUGAAAGAAAAUGUCUGCAAAGCUUUUGCGUACCAUAACUGAUGAAAAUCAAGAUCUGCAUAAGCAGAUUGGGUGCAUGAAUGGAUUCUUUCAGCUCUUUGACCGCCGCCAUUUUCUUGCUGGGCGACGACGCAUCAACAGCCAUGACCACAAGAGACUUCUUCCAGGUCAAAAUGGCAGCAGCCCCGCAACAGAGCCUGACAACGCAUUACAGAGAGUUAAGGAAACAAAUCCAAAGAAGCUUGUGAAAGAGAAACAUGGAGUCUCGACAGAAUCAUCCAAAACCUCUCUUUCAUCCUCCUCAUGCUCAUCUAGCUUCUCCUCUCUUGACUAUAAGAUAGCUCAAUUCGAGUCAUCUUCGUAUAACCAACCCAGUUUACCUGAAACCCCCACUCGGCCCAUGAACAAAUUACCAAAUGCGUCUUUGCAAUCAAGGCAGCAAUCCCACGACCUCCGAGAUGUUGUUAAAGACUCCAUCUACAGAGAAGCCCGUACAUUAUCAGUAAAAACUUGUAGAAAGGAGGAAGCAGUGGGUAGUACAUUAAAAUACAUCGACUCGCCGCGGCCUUUGCAGCUUCCCAACUCUAUCAAGCCCAGAGCUUCUGGUGCCAAUGAUUCGGUUCGCAUCCUUGCUAAACUCCAGGAAUCAAGGAAUUACAAGGAAGAGAAAGCUAGCCUUAAGCUGUUGUCACUGAAGGAGGCUCCUCGGCUCUCUUAUGAUGGAAGGGUAUCACAAGAUGCAUGCAAGUCUACCAUAAAGCUCAAGGAACUCCCAAGGCUGUCAUUGGACAGCAGAGUAUGCUCCAUAAGGGGUUCCGCCUCUGAAACAAAAUCAAAUUUUCUUUUGAAGGAUCUGCAAAGAAGGUUGGACAACUCCAGCAAUAUGCUUAACCAGCAGCAAGAACCAGAAAGUUCCAAACGAUCAUCCACCAUUAUUGCGAAGCUGAUGGGAUUGGAAGCUUUCCAACUAUCAGCAUUGACCAGCGAGAAUCCAUUAGGGUUCAUCAGUAGCUGCCAAACUGAGAAAUCUGACCACUUCUCAAACUCAAGAACAACUGAUGGAAACAAGCAAAAUCAAAUUCCUGGGUCCCCAAGGAAAUCACACAAGGACCCCAUCCAGGCCAGGUUGAAAAAUGCUGAUCAUGUUAUAAGGCCUACCUCAGGAUCAAGAUUUCCAGCAGAACCAACUCCAAGGAGGCAGCCAGAUGGCAGCCAGAGUUCUCAACAAACAGGUUUCGGGCAUGGGAAAGCUACCACAAAAGCCUCAAACUCUUGCCCCUCUGUUUAUGGGGAAAUCGAAAAAAGGUUGGCCGAGCUGGAGUUCAAUAAAUCUGGCAAGGAUCUCAGAGCUCUUAAACAGAUACUUGAAGCAAUGCAGAAGCCUAAAGAAGCAUUAGAUACCAAAAGAGAGCAGGCUUCGGAAUUUGCAUCUCAAAGAAGCAAUUAUAGCAGCUCUCUGCAAAGCUCAAAUUUAGCAAGCCCAAGAAAGCUACAAAAUAAGGAUCCAAUUUCUGACACAAUCAAGGGGUCACAUUCGCCAAAGAGUUAUAGACCCCCAAUGGCUGUCAUGAAACCAGUUAAACUAAUCAGAAGAACAAGUGACUGCGCUUCCAACAUAAUCCAAACUGAAAGUAUGUCGAGACCCAACAAGCAUGGUGACACUGCAAAUGGGAGAAAGGUUGACAAGCUAAGAGCAAAAGAUCUAGCUCCAGGAAGCAAUUAUCUAAAAGACCAUUUCAGUUCACUUUCUUGCUCCACAGAUAAGAAAACCAAUGCGAGAACUUCAAAAUCAACAUCAGCUUUAACGGCACCCCGACACGUAAUUGGAGAAAACAACACAAGCUCAGCAACUGUGAGCCCCAGACUGGAACAAAGGAAGCUCAGAUCGCAGAAGCAGUCACCUCCCACCAUCCCAUCCUCAGAUUCAAGCAAUGCCAUUAGGCAACCUACUAGACAACCAAUGGGAUCAAACUCCCCUGGUAGAAAACUCAGACUAAGAUCUCCCAGAUUGCAGCAAUGCAAUGACCAAUUGAGUGAGACCAGCAGUGGCAUGAGAGAUUUAAGUCACCAAGGUGACACCAUUUCUCUGCAAUCCGAAAGCAACAUUAGCUUGUGCUCUGAUAUUGACAUGGAAGUUCCGAGAACCAAUCAAUCUGACAAGAUCAAUACCACCUUCUUCCAGCAGGAAGGCAAGAAACAAAAGAAUCCAACAGGGUGCAUCGAAAACAGGUUGAUAGUUGAACCGUCAAUAGCUACCCUGGAACAACCAAGUCCUGUCUCUGUUCUUGAUGCUACAUUUUAUAGAGACGAGUCACCAUCUCCUGUGAGGAAGAUAUUAAAUGCCUUCGAAGAUUAUGAGGCUCAAGAUCCUGAUGAAGGGGAAUGGGUUCCAUUGGAUCUAGCUCAAUUGCCAAAGGGCACAAAACCCAGUUUCAGUGCUUACAUUGAUGAUAACAAAUCAGAAAGCAUCCGGCAUGUACUUCAGAAUCUUCAACAAAUAAACUGUACUGAAGAGAAACCAAUCACUGACUACACCACAGCCCUCCACGAGAGCACGAAUUCAGACCACAGAUACAUUUCAGAAAUAUUGUUAGCAUCAGGUCUCCUCAGAGAUCUUGACUUUGACUCGAUGACCAUUCAGCUCCAAGCAUCAGGCCACGCCAUCGAUUCUGAGGUGUUCCUUGCAUUGGAACAAACAAAGGGAAGUGCAGGGCUCUUGAAUGAUAAACUAAGUGGCAAAAAGAUUGUUAAAUCAGAACACCCUGAGAAAAUUCAAAGAAUACUCGUAUUCGAUACUGUUAAUGAAAUUCUUGCUCAAAAGUUGCUGUUAGGAGGUCCUCUACCGAAGUGGUUCUCACCAAAUAAGCUAGCAGGAAGAAAACCAAGAGGGCAGCAGCUUCUGGAAGAAAUGUGUUCAGCAGUAGAUCAGCUACAGAAUAAUCACUUGAACAGAAGCCUAGAUGAGGAGGAUGACAGUUUGAGGAGCAUCAUAUCGGAAGAUUUAAUGCAACAAUCCAUGGAUUGGAUAGAUUGCCCUUGUGAGAUUCCUGGCAUAGUGUUGGAUCUUGAGCGGUUGAUCUUUAAAGACUUAAUAACUGAAGUUGUGAACGGGGAGAGAGCUGGUCUGAAAGGCAAGCCAGGUGGGCGAUCCAGAAAGUUAUUUUCCAUGUAGGAGUUUUGGUAAUAUACAAAAGAUCUCUCUCUCUCUCUCCCUCUCCCUCUCUCUCUCUCAUUUCAUGUAUAGCUGGGUGGGUUUACUCUAUAAAAAAUCACAAUAUUUAUUGGGUAAUGAUUGAGGUCUUUGCUAGCCUGUAAAUGUCUAAUAGAGAUUCUUGACAUUGAUGUAAAUUAUAGUCGAUAGAUAUAUAAUUUAGGGGUAAUUACACUUUUCACCCACAAACUACCACCUAUUUUUCACUUUGCACCCUAAACUCUUUUUUUAUUUUAUUGAGAAGUCACUUUGCAACCUAAAGUACAAAAAGUUUCAAUAUGCAUUCCCCUAUAUUUUUCAGUUUGCAUUCUAAGUUAAGACCUGACCCCUAAGACAAACGAAAACUUGGGCGUGCACCACAGUCCUGAUGGUCAGAUUUGAAUGGACGGUGCAAAGUGAAACCGAUUGCUAGUUCAGGGUACAAAAUGGAACUUUUUGUAUUUUAGGGCAAAAAAGUAGUAGUUUGUGGGUGAAAUGUGUAAUUCCCAGAAUAAUUUAUCCUCCCUUACAAAGUUUUGGCUCCAUCUAAGCUCCCAUCCACUGGCUGACCUUGAACUUAUCCAUUUUUUUACCAAAAAUAAAAUAAUAAUAAGAAGAAGAAGAAGAAGAAGAAUACAGAUGAUGUAGUUAAGACAAAGGAUUCCUCAACCCGCUUCAAUGGCAAAAUCCACAAGGCUGCUAGUUACAUGCAAUAAAUUCUAGCAUCUAUGUAGUGCCUACAAGUCCAUUCUCCGAAAGCAAUUUUUAAUUUUGCAUAGAGAAGAUUAAAGGUAACAAUAUAUGGUCAAUAAUUAGGGAAAAAUUAUCUUCAGAGUUCUGUUUGAUGACAGAUUACAAUGUUCUCAGGUAAACGCAUCAAACCACAAUUCAUUUUUUGAGAAGACAGCUGCAUAACUAACUUCCAGAAGAAAUGCUUGGCUACAAGGAUCUAGGAACUUAGUGAACAUAAAUCACGCAGAUUCAGAAAAUAUGCAUAACAGUCCAAUAAAAGCAAACAUAAUCAUGCAUUUGAGUAGGCAGGAACAAAUUCAGACUGUUUAGAACUUUAUCAUCAACUGAACAAAACCAGAAUUCUCUGGUAAUCAGAUUCCCCAGUCCUUUAGCAAUAUUAUGCACCGUUUCCUGCAUAAUAGGGCAGUUUCAAGAAUGAUGAUCCAACCUUGUAUCUCUAAACUAGCAUGCUUAGGCGGUGCUCUUGUACAUGUCCCGUAUACUUGGGCUAUUGCCUACACUUUUGAUCAAUAUAUAUUUGUUUACUGCUAAAAAAAAAAAAUCCAAUGUCAAUAUGAUUUCUAAAUCCACGUUAUGUUCACUCUCGUAGUAAGGGGAGCCAUUACCACAGUGACGAUCCAAAUUGACACCAAGAUGCCAGACUAGUACAACAUAGUAAUUAAUUUGUUACAACAUGGCUAACAGGUUUUACCCACAUAUGGAGCUUAAAUUGCUUUGUGAAAAGUCAGGCAGCCAUGAAUUUUAGGAUUUAAGACUACAAUCAUGGUACCGAUCAGGAUACUAGACCAGCUCCUUCACCAUCCCUUUGUCAAAACUUGAAAAUUAUUUAAGAAAAAUAAAAAAAGAAUGGAAAGGAAGUUUUUGGAAACUUCUCUCUCAUGAACACACAUUCAAACAUUGACUCAGCCCUCAACUUUGUCUGAAAGCUCCAAUCCCUCUUCUUUAAAACCGUUCGAUACGAAACCAGCUAGAAUAGUCCCAAAGUCUCUUUUAUCAAUUUCAUAAAAGCUAAAUACUUCACUCUUUUUUUCCAGCAGAUAUUUUAUAAAGAAAUUAAGAAAACAAAAUAAAUAGUCUUCAUCUAGUGAUGAAAUUACAUGCUCAUAUCAACAAAAAGCAGGAAAUGAAAUAGUAAAAUACAAUUUCUGGUAUAUCUUUACGACUCUUCUACAGUCAUUAUAACUCAGAGAUGAAAGUUUCAAAUCCCAAUCCCCACCAGAUCUACCUCCAGCCCCCCACCUGUCUGCCAACCACAUAGCUGAAUUUAUGAUGACCUAAGGCAUAAAACACAAAAUUCUAUUUUCUUGCUAAUCAAGGAAAGCGAUAAAUCAAAUUAGAAAAGUAGUUUGACGCAAGCUGAACAAAAGUAGGGGUACCUAUUCUCCAUCGUUAGUCUCAUUUAAAGGCACAAAAGGAUGUGUGAUUCAUUUUUUCUGAUCUUCAAUUUUUUUUUUAUAGGUAAUCAUUGAAAUAUUAUUAAUAGAAAUAGGCCAAGCCCAGGUACACGGGAAGUAUACAUGAGAAACACCUGAUAGGUAAACAAACAUAUUUUUCCAUUGCCGGGAAUCGAACUUGUGAUCUUCAUUUAUAAUAACUAUAAUUAAAAUGAUAUUCUACCCUGUCAAUUUUAACGGUACGAAUAUGCAUUGGAAAGCUUGAUAAGGGUCGGCACAGGAGAAAAACAUGUAACAUUUAAUGUUAGAUCGCAAUAAUAGAUCAGAAAGAAUUUCACUGAGAAAGAAUCAUUUACUGAGUCCACAUGUAAACCAACAUUCGCAUACCUCAGA